AUGAUUGAAUGCGAUUAGUAGCUAAUUGAAAAAUUUGAAUAGAUCAUUACAUUGAAUACUGCAAAUAAGCUUAAAUAAGUUCAUUCUAGCAACAUUUUAGGUAUUUAGUAAGGAAUUUUAUAAUUUGAUGUAGAAGAUAAAGGUUUAGGAUAAGAAUUUAGAGUAAAUUUAGAGUAGAAAUCUAAUAAGAAGGUUAUUUUUAACAAUUAUCAUUAUCCUAUUCAUAAUGAUACAAUUUUUAGCAACCUCAAAACACUUAGGUAAAAAGAAUUAAAAUUUACUAUUGAAGAAGAAAUUAACUAACUAGAUUAUGAAGCGCUUAUUGAUGGAUUUGAUAAUAAAAAUUUAAAUAAAGAGUUAGAAAAUUAGUUUACUUUUAAGAGUGUUGAUGAAUUCAAUAUUAGCUCCAAGAAUCCUUUUUCUGUUGGAUUUUAGUUCAAUGAAUUAACAAACGAACUGAUUGAUUUUAAUUAUGAAAUGAUAAAUGUUAACUUUAAAAACUUUUCAUCAGAGGGAUUUACAGGAAAGAUAUUUUAGAUCAGCGAUAAAUCAUCUAAAGUUGAAGACGAAGAUAUUAAUUACAAGACUAAAAAAUAUUUGCCAUACAGCAAUAAAGUUUAAAUAGAGUAGGAUUUCCUAGAUCUUGCAAAUAAUAUUGAUGAAUUUUGCAAAUAAAAUGAUAAACAUAUUAUUUUAUCAGACAAAUAGAAUUUAAAGGAGUUAGAGGCAAUCAAAAUAAGUGGCGAAUAGAAAGUUAAAAUGUUUAAUAAAGUAUAUAAAUAAUUAAAUAUUUUGAAGGUACAAGAAGCAGGUUUAUUUGAUUUUGAGAAGGCAUAGAAAGAAAUCAAAAGUUAAUAUGAAAGUGAAGUUGAAAAAAAAAAAAAAAUCAGUCUUGUCUAUAAAAGUAAGGAAAUUAAUGAAAUUAUUAACUAAGCUAGUCAUAAACUAAAAGUUGAUCAAUUUACUAAUGAAUCUUAAGACAAUAAAAAAGCAUAAAAUUCUCUCUUAUAAAGCAUAGACUAAUAUCAAUGGGCAGAAGAAGAUAAUUAAGAUGUAUCUUAAUUCCACGAUAAAUUGCCUAAAGAAAGAAUGGCUAUUCAGUACCCUUUCGAGUUGGAUAGUUUUUAAAAAAGGUCUAUUUUGAGAUUAGAAGAAGGUCAAAAUGUCUUUGUUUGUGCUCACACUUCUGCAGGUAAAACAGUUGUUGCAGAAUAUUCUAUUGCCCUUGCAAAAAAACACAAAAGAAAAGCCAUAUACACUUCACCUAUUAAAGCUUUGUCAAAUCAAAAGUAUAGAGACUUCAAAAAAAAAUUUGGAGAUGAUGUUGGUAUUAUAACUGGUGACGUCUCUUUAAAUCCUACUGCAAGCUAUCUAAUUGUUACUACUGAAGUUCUUCGUAACAUGCUUUAUAAGGGGCAUGACAUAGUUAGAGAUGUUGCAUGGGUUAUUUUUGAUGAAGUGCAUUACGUAAAUAAUUAAGAUAGAGGUGGUGUCUGGGAAGAAACAAUCAUUUUACUACCGGAAUACAUCGGAUUAGUUAUGUUAAGUGCAACAGUACAUAACUAUAUGGAUUUUGCUAAUUGGGUUGGAAAAACAAAGCAAAGAAAAAUUUAUGUUGAAAAAACUUUGCACAGACCAGUUCCUUUGGAGCAUUCUAUUUAUUAUGAUGGAAAGAUAUUUAUUAUUAAAUCAGAUAAUGAAGGUUUUAACCAAGAAAACUAUGAAAAGAUAAAUAAGUAUAUUAAAGAACAAGAAAGCAAUAAGAAAAAGAUUGUUAAUGCCAAAGAUAAAUUAAAACAAGAGAAAAAAGAUAAAGAAAUUUAUAAAAAUACAAAUCUUUCAUAAAAUGCCAAAGCAAAAUAAAAGUUCAUCUAAGAAAUAUUUAUUAAAUAAAGUAAAAAGACAAAUUUAAGUGGUGGAAACGGACCACUUACAGAGGCUCAAUAAGUCAAAAAUGUAUUAAAAUAUUGCCAAAAGAACGAGCUUUUACCUUGUGUGGUAUUUGCUUUCAGUAAAAAUAUUAUUAAGUAGCUCUCAGAAAGUUUAGGAAAUCUCAACUUGAUUAGCCAUGAAGAAUCAAAAUAAAUUGAAGAAUUCUUUAACAAAGCUUCAUAAAAACUGAAAUCUAAAGAUUUAGAAGUUCAUUAAAUUAGAACUUUGAAAGAUUUGAUGAUGAGAGGUAUUGCUGUCCAUCAUAGCGGUGUCAUUCCUUUUAUAAAAGAAAUAGUAGAAAUUCUGUUUUCUAAAGGUCUUAUCAAAGUUUUGUUUGCUACUGAAACUUUUGCUAUAGGUAUCAAUAUGCCCACUAAGACAGUCAUUUUCUAUAGUUUGAAAAAAUUUGAUAGUUCUCAAUAUAGAAUUUUAAACUCUUCUGAGUACACUUAAAUGAGUGGCAGAGCUGGUCGUAGAGGUUUAGAUUUGAAAGGAAAUGUUAUUAUUUUAGUGACUGAGCCAAAAAGACUUCCAAGUAAAAUGGAACUAACCUAAAUACUUGAUCACAAGGGAGAAAUGCUAUCUUCUAAGUUUAAAAUAACUUAUGAGCUAAUUAUGAAGCUACUUUCUUCAAGAGAACUUGAUGUAACAGAGAUGAUGAAAAAAAGUUAUAGUGAAAAUGAUAAAUAUUCUUAAUUGCCUUUAAAUUUGAAGAGAAUUCAAGAGAUUUAGAAAGGAUUAAAGGAUAUUUAGCAAAUAGUAUGCCCAAUAAAACCUUUAACAAUGCCUACUCUUCCAAUAGAAGAUUUUUACUAAAUCACUUAGUAAAUGCAAUAGGCAAACAAAGCAUAUUGGUCUACCGAAACAAAAUAUCUCUAAGAGGAGUUUGCAAUUCCAAGCUAUUGCCAAUUUAUUGAUGAAGACUAUAAUGAUUAUUUAGGUUUAAUAGUCGAAUUUAUUAAGAAGGAAAAAUAUGAAAAUUAUUUUGUUGUGAUGUUUGCCUACGAAUUUUAAGACAAAAUUGUAUAGCCUAACUUUGAAAAGCUUGGAAGAUCAUGCUUUUUUACAGAAAAUGAUUACAAACCUUAUCAAAUGUAAGUUCAAAAAAAAGAUUAUAUUUAUGAACUAAUUGAAUUACCAGCUAGAAUGAUUUCUAAGAUAUUUGAUGUUGGUUUCGAUGCUAAAAAGACUGGUUUAAGGAAUAAAGAUUAUUUAAAAAAUUGUGUAAUUAAUUUGAUUUACAAGAUGAAAAAUACUUAUUAAGACUACAGAAUGAUUAGAAAUGGCAAAGACCUAAAAUAUAUAAAGAAUAAACAAGAAUUCUUAAAGGAUUACAAAUAAGUCGAAACUGAAUCAAAUUAAAAUGAUAAAGCAAUAUAUGAAUCUUUUCAAGAUGGAUAUGAAAGAUCAUUAUGUUUCACUUGCAAUAAAAAAAUCGAACACUUUAAGUUAAUAUCUCAAAAAAAUGAACUUUAGAUAGAAUUUGAUAAUUUAAUUAAGGUUUUAGAUGAAGAUGAUUUAGCUUAACAUAAAAACUUUUAAGCGAGGCUAAAUCUUUUGAAAUAAUUAAAUUAUUUUGAUGAAGAUGAUCUUCCUUAGCUAAAGACAAGGUUUGCUAAAGAAAUUGAUAAUAUUUAUGUAUCUGAACUCAUAGUUUAAGGAAUUUUUGAUGAACUUGAUGAAGCAGAGGUAGUUGCUAUUUUAAUAGGAUUCGUUACUCAAUACAAUAAAAAAUAUAAUGAAUCAGAUUAUGAUCCCUCUGAAGAUUAUGAAAAUCAUGGAUUUUAGUACUCACUUAAUUUCUUUGAUGCCUAUACCAAAACUAAGGAAAUUCUCAAUAAAAUAAUUUAACUAGAAAUUGAUAAUGAGAUAAUAAUUGUUGGUAAAAUUGAAGAGGCCUUAUCUGAAAUUUUUAGUCCAUAAUUAAUGAAAGUAGCUUAUGAAUGGGUUCGAGGUAAAGAUUUUCUCCAAGUUUCUUUGUUAACAGAUGUUGAAGAAGGAAGUAUUAUUUUAAGCAUGUUGAGACUUGAUAAUUUAUUGAAGAACAUUAAAAAUAGUGCUUAGUACAUUGGUAAUAACUCUCUAUCUCUUAAAAUCGAAAGCUGCCAAGAAAAAAUGAGAAGAGAUAUUAUCUUUGCCCAAAGUCUUUAUUUAGAAGAAGACAAUUAAUGA